GAUACAAACAAACGGUUUUAACGUAUUUUGCUGAUUAUUGUUAUUAAUUAAACGUAUCUAAUUUAUAUAAACUCACUUGAAUCAGUGUUGUACAAUUUUAUAAUGGCUUUAUUAUUUUAUGUUAAUAAAAAUAUUAGUUGUAAUGAGUGACACGGACGAUACAGAUGUUCUUUUACUGAUACCACCGAAUUUCUUCCUCGUCGAAAGUUCAGCUUCCGAAGAUUCAUUGCUGGAAUCAUCGAGAACCGUUGUUCACAAACCGGUGUCGUGUACAGCACAGGUUCUGGACAAACUGGUCGAUCGAGUGCACUCUCUAGAAUCGAGGUUAGAAAGUUUGGAAGUGUGCACAAGUGACACCGUGUCCACUAUAGGAUCUAAAAAUCUUCGAUCCUGGGGCACCGGAGACAGUAUUGACCACAGUUUAGACCGUAGGUGCUUCACAUUUCCACGGAGACGCCGUCGUAAAAGUAGCAAACGAGAAAAAAAGCGGGAACUGUCUCUGACCAGUCUUGAUUCGUUAGAAAAAAACUAUAACGUUCCAUUAUUAAAUUUAAAAAGUACAUCGGAGGUUUCUAGCAGUAAGAAAGCCUUUAUCAAUGAUACAACAAGUAUGGACGGAGAUAUUAGUAGUAUAGUUUCGACACCAAGUAAAAAAAAUGACAAAUUGCUCUUGCAUGAAAUUGAUGAAUUCCUGACUAAAGUUGAGGCAUAUGAAGGGCCAGAUUCGAAAUUUAAAGAACAUGAAACGUAUUUGAGUCCUGAGCAUGUUAUAAAGGCUGCUGGUGACUAUAUAUCACAUAGUUUAGAUUCAAAAAGCAAUGAUGAAAUUAAAUUGCCUAGUGGGAGAGUUGUGUCAAGUAAUGUCUUAGACAAAUAUAUUUACUUGGUUAAAAGUAAUCCAGGCUCAGCUGUGACCCAAUCAGAUAAAACAUUACCUUCUAGUUCUUAUAAAAGCCUACAUAAUGAAGAUACUACGAUUCGUCCUUCAGAUGUAAGUAAGGAGAGUGUGUCUAAAACGGACUUGAAGUCCCCAAGUAUUCGUAGACUGAACUUUUCAGAGAAGGAUGUCCAACCUACAUCCACUCCCAAAAAGCCUGUACAGACCACAAGUUACACAGAUUCGUUCCGACCAUCAUCGAACAAAAUCUAUGAUCGUGCAACAAAAGUACUAGAACAAUAUAAAAGUCAAAACAUCAGCCGUAAUACUCAACAUUCUGGAAUUGAAAGUUACUUGCAAUCACCUAAAAAGGAGAUAUUUAAAAUGCCUCAAAUGAGACCUUAUGCUGUAGAUAAUAAGGACACAAUAAAGUUGGCAGCUUAUCAGAAUAAAUUGAUAGAAACUAUUGAUACAGAUCUGUUGAGUCUGAGCGAGUUGUGGGGUUAUGGUGCAGACAAAGGAGACAGGACAGAGAGGGGAGACAAUCUUAAAUUGGAGGAAGAAAAACUUAAAAGAGAGCAUUGUGAAUCAAUGAUACAACAGCUUCAGAAAAAAAUACUUGACCAACAAGAGAAAUUGGCUGUGGCUAUAAAAGUGGAUAGAGCCAAAGAUGCAGCCAUCACAAAGUUAAGAGAAGCUUGGUUGAAAAUUACUGGCAGUCUGGAUAAGGCAGAAGAACGGCAUAGAAGUGGUUUGGAGAAGAUGAUGAGGGAAGUGGAGAAUUUUAAGAUGGUCGCCAGUGAUUCUCAGAAGAAAACAAACCAUUUUGAGGCUGAAUUAUACAAAGCUCUGGAUUUAGCGCAUGAUUAUCAAGAGAAGUGUAAACAACUCACAUCAGAACAGAAGGAACUUCAUGAUAGAACGGAGAAAAUGCUAAGCAGCAAACAAGAUAUUAUCAGCAGUAAAGAGAAAGAAAUAGAAGUACUUAAAGAAAAUUAUGAGACUGUAAUGAGACUGAACAAACAGUCAACAGAUUGUGUUAAAAAUUUAGAAGAUGCAUUAGAAAAGGAGAAAAUGGAUCAUGAACUGACAAAAAACAAAGUCAAUGAGUUGACUCGUAAACAGCAAAGUGUCGACGAAGAGUCCUCCCUUGUGUUGCAAGAGAGAGAUCUCUUGAAGGACAAAGUGAAUGAAGAGCGGUCAAGAUGCAACUUGCUUGAACGACAGCUGUACGAUAAGCAGAGUCAGAGCAGCGAGCUGUUAAAAAAAUGUGAUUCUUUAGAGGAUGAGGUGAAGAUGCUCCGCAAACAUCUGGAACUUCAGAAGAAUGAGCUAAAGGUACACUACCAGAAGCAGCUGGAGGAUGCUGUGCUGGCCAAGCUGCAUGAAUUUCAGCAGCAGCUAGAUCAUGCAGAGAGAGAAAUGGAGAAUGAUGCUAGAAGCAAGGAGAAUGCUAUAGUGGACACGUUCAGUAAACAGAUGACAAGGAUAGAAGAACAGCACAAACUAGAAGUGAAUGUCCUGGAAGAGAAACAACGAGAAGAGGUAAAAUUAUAUCGUUUGCAACUAGCGCAGGCGAGUGAAAAAAUCAGUUUACUCGAGAGUAAGCUGGAAUCUCACAGACGGCGGCGCGGGCAGAUCGCCACGCAGCUGCACGGCGUCAUGGAGUCCCAGUGGCGGCAGGCGCUCCGCAUCCUGUCCUGUCCACAAACUACUGCGCCUUCAGAACUUGACCUCACGCUGCCCGACCCUGUGAUGACCCCGGUAGUGCCAGACUUACCUGUCAGUAAGGCAUCGCUGACACACAGCCGGCGCCGCGGGGAUGCACUUAACUUCGAAGGGCUCAGUGAUAAUGAACUGCGGCAGUAUGUUAAAAUGUUAUUAACCAAACCAGUGAAUUUGGAUGGUAGUGGUGACUGUUCGCUGCCACAACGUGAUCACGACGAACCAACCAGCGACCGGCCCGAUCGUAAUGACCGACCCGAUCGGACCGACCGCGUCGAUCAGCUUGACCAGUUUGACCGGCACGACAAGAAAGAUAAAUCGCGACGGAGUAUUAAUAACGCCAAACCGCCGUGGAAAUCUUAAUGUAAAGCCUUGUAUUGUAUGUAUGAAAUCAUUCAAUGAAAACAGUAUAUUUAGUGAGUAUAUUAACACCAUAUAUUUUUUUUAUAUCUACAUAAUCAUCCAUACAAAUAUAUAAAA